CGCUGCUGGGCGCUUGCUGGCUGGUGGUAAAUGCCGACUGCUUCUGAGCGAGCGGGAUAACGGCAAUGGCUCCCCACGGCGCUGCGGAGGAAGAAUAUGUCAGCGGGGCUCAGCUAAUCGCCGAGGCCCUAAAGACACAAAACAUUGAAUAUAUGUUUGGUAUUGUUGGUAUUCCAGUGACUGAAAUUGCAAUCGCAGCCCAAGCAAUUGGAAUAAAAUAUAUAGGAAUGAGAAAUGAACAAGCUGCUUGCUAUGCUGCCUCUGCUGUUGGGUACCUGACAGGAAAACCAGGAAUAUGUCUUGUGGUUUCUGGUCCAGGUCUCAUACAUGCUCUGGGUGGGAUGGCAAAUGCGAACAUGAAUUGCUGGCCUUUGAUUGUUAUUGGAGGUUCCUCUGACCGGAAUCAGGAAAUCAUGGGAGCUUUCCAAGAAUUCCCACAGGUUGAAGCUUGUAGGCUGUACAGCAAAUUUUCUGUCAGACCCAGCAGCCUAGAAGCUAUUCCUGCUGUUAUUGAAAAGGCAGUGAGGUGCAGUAUCUAUGGUCGCCCAGGUGCCUGUUAUGUUGACAUGCCAGGAGACUUUGUAACUCUGCAGGUGAACAAGAGCUCUGUCAAAUAUGUUAAGUGCUGUUUGCCACCCCCUGUCUGCACAGCUGAACACUCUGCUGUAUCUGAAGCAGCAUCUAUCCUUGCACAUUCCAGACAGCCUCUCCUAAUCAUUGGCAAAGGGGCUGCUUAUUCACGUGCUGAAAACAGCAUCAGAAAGUUGGUGGACCAGUGCGGGCUACCAUUUUUGCCUACCCCAAUGGGAAAAGGAGUUGUUCCUGACAACCAUCCAAACUGUGUAGCUGCAGCCAGAUCCAGGGCAUUGCAACAUGCUGAUGUAAUAAUACUGUUUGGUGCAAGGUUGAACUGGAUUUUGCACUUUGGACUUCCACCAAGAUUUCGACCUGAUGUAAAGAUUAUCCAAGUUGAUAUUUGUGCAGAAGAGCUGGGGAAUAACGUGAGACCUGCAGCAAAUUUAUUAGGUGACAUAAAUGCUGUGACUGAGCAGCUUUUAGAACAACUUGUUCUAAUGGAAUGGAAAUAUCCUUCUUAUUCGGAGUGGUGGAAGGGAUUAAGAGAGAAAAUGAAGAGCAAUGAAGAAACAUCCAAGGCAUUGGCAUUACAAAAGUCCCUGCCUAUGAAUUAUUAUACAGUAUUCCAUCAUGUCAGAGAACUGUUACCCAGGGACUGCAUUCUGGUUAGCGAGGGAGCUAAUACUAUGGACAUUGGACGCACUAUGCUUCCAAACUAUCUUCCUCGCCACAGACUCGAUGCUGGUACAUUUGGAACAAUGGGAGUUGGGCUAGGUUUUGCUAUAGCAGCUGCAAUGGUGGCUAAAGAUCAGACACCCGAGCAGCGAGUAAUCUGUGUAGAAGGAGACAGUGCUUUUGGAUUUUCUGGCAUGGAAGUGGAAACUAUUUGCAGGUAUAACUUGCCAGUUGUAAUUAUCAUAGUAAACAACAAUGGGAUAUACAGUGGUUUGGAUUCAGAUUCCUGGAAGGAGAUGUUAAAGUCUGGAGAACCAACUGCGUGUGCACCCCCUGUUUGUCUCCUGCCAAAUUCUCACUAUGAGCAGAUUAUGUCUGCAUUUGGGGGUAAAGGAUACUUUGUGAAAACACCAGAGGAACUGCAAAAUGCCCUGAAAGCAAGCCUGGCAGAGAAGCAAGUGCCUUCUCUUAUCAAUGUAAUGAUCAACCCACAAUCUGACAGAAAGCAGCAGGAUUUUCACUGGCUGACUCGUUCUAAUAUGUAACAAAAGAUGCAGAGUGUGAUGAUCCUACCCAAUACAUCUGCUUCAGCCAAACCAAAUCAUUUUCCAGGAGUGAAACUGCUAAAACUAUAUUUUAUCAUUAUUUACAUAAGAUUGUAAAAUCCUAGUUUUGUUUCACUUUUUUAAAAAAAAAUCACUCAUAUACUAUUGUAAUAGCAGUAAUCAACACAAGAGACACCUAAAUGUACCUCAGAGUGUCCACUCAAAGGAAAUCGUUCUUUUAUGGCUAUGAACCAGAUCAUAUAGAAACACUUGAAUGAUAAAAUCAUUUUUUUCUUUUUACUAUAAAUGUAACCAAUCAGACUUGUCAAUGAAAUCCUUAUUCCUUGGGGGGCUGGAAGGGGAAAGGGAUUUUAUGUUGUUUACAAAUGGAAAAAAAUCUCAAUCAUAGUCUGUCCUUUGUUUUGGGGUUGUUUUUUCCCUCUUGACCAACAUGCUGCUUACUAGAGAGCUUGUUUUAUGGACCCCAAAUUUGAAUCUCUUACUCAGGGUUGGAUCCUCCGUGAGAGGUGCUGAAUAUCUUCACUUCCUGUUCCCACAGUCCAUUGGGGUUGACAGUCCUCAGCACCUUUCAGGGUUGGUGCUCAGCCUCUACUCCAGCAAAUUAUCUACUGAUUUCAAUGGGAGUCUUGUCAGAAAAGGACUAAGCCCUUAAUUUCUUGCACUGUAUUUUUCUGUACAGAGAUGCAGACUGUGGAUUGACAGUUUUGUAUCCCGGAAUCACUUUAGAAACUUCUAAAGUGUAUUAAAAAAAUGCCAGAUUUCACUGCAA